AUGGAGAAGACGGUCAAAGGUGCGACCAAGAUCAAACUUGCCGCACCUAAAACAAAAUAUGUCGAACCCAUCCUCUCCGCGACUCGUGGCGGUGAGACUGGCGUCGCCGAUGUCUUCCAGACUUUGCAGCUGCGUCUGCGCGAUUCGACGUGGACGAUUGUCUUCAAGGCCCUGAUAAUAGUACAUCUCAUGAUACGCGAGGGUGCUCCCGAAAUCACCCUGCGCUACCUGGCCGAAUCGCCAAAAAGGUUGGCCAUCAGUGGUUUCGCUGAAGUCCAGACUCAAGGCAUCAGCAUACGCCGUUACUAUGAAUACUUGCUGGAGCGAGUUAAGGCAUAUCACGACACCAAUACCGACUUUGUGCGCUCUGGCACUGGCAAGAUGCGCUCCCUAACGGUGGACAAGGGCCUGCUUCGACAGACCGAGGUUGUGCAAGCCCAGAUACAAACACUCCUAAAAUGCGAUUUACUUGGGGGCCCUGACCCUGAGAAUGAGAUCUCACUGACAGCAUUUCGCCUUCUGACGCUAGAUCUGCUGGAAUUGUUCAAAGCUAUGAACGAAGGGACCAUCAACGUCCUGGAACAUUAUUUCGAAAUGUCCAAGGUCGACGCACAAAGGGCUUUGGCCAUCUACAAGACAUUUGGCCGUCAAACCGAUCUGGUGGUUAACUACUUGUCCAUGGCCAGACAGUAUCAAGCGGCAACCAAAUUAGAGGUGCCGAAGCUCAAACAUGCACCAACGACUCUAACUUCUUCUCUCGAAGAGUAUCUGAACGAUCCAGACUUCGAGAUUAACAGGAGGCAGUACUUGGCUCAGCAAGAAGCCAAGCGGACAGGCAAACCUGUGCCUGCAACCGCAUCGACGAGUAAACCAGCACCCAAAGCAGUCGAGCUACCUUCUGCCAGUCGACCUCAGGCACAAUCCACACAGCAGUACAAAGGACCUGCGCCUGAUCUGAUAGACUUUUUUGAGUCCAUCGAACAGAACCAACAGCCAAUGGUGCAGCAAACAUACGACCCUACCCAACAGAUCAAUGCUGGUUACGCACAGGCUCAAAUAUACCAACAACCACAGGUCAUGCCUCAACAGACUGGCUAUAACCCUUUUAUGCAAGAUUACGGACAGAACCUCCAGCAGCAGCCGCAACAGCAAUUACAGCAGCAAUCUCUUCAACCAGAUUUCACAGGAGCUGGUUUCGGCGGAUAUGGUCCACAACCACAACAAGACCCAAACUACAAUUUCACCUCUGGAGUGUCGUCCAUACCUCAGGGUGGUGCAGCAGAUUUCUCUCAACCAUCAACAAGCACCGGCUUGUAUCUUCAAUCGCCGCAAGCACUAUCACCUCAAUCUCUACAGCCACAAGCUACUGGCACAAAUCCGUUCAGGCAGUCAAUGAUGCCGGCCUUAAGCAAUCCAGUGUCCAGCAGCACGCCAGCAGUAAAUCGUCAAUCCACCAAUCCUUUCGCGAAACGUGGUACUGGUGGUCAAUUAUCGCAGGACAUGGCAUUAGCGCCUCUUGAUCAGCAACAGUCAUCACAAGUGCAACAAUCACAGCCGGUACAGCAACAAGCCACGCUAGCUCCAUUACAGUCACAGGUGACUGGCACGAACCCAUUUGCGAAGAACAGUUUGUCACCACCUCCAGUAGGUGCAAUGUCUUCUUUGCCCGUCAAUGUAACCGGUAGCACAAAUCCCUUCAGGCAGAGUCAAUUCGUGAACCAACAGACAGGUCAGGGGUGGCAGCAUGCUAAUCAGGGCACCUUUGGAGGUUUCGACGUGAACAACGUGGCGACGACCUCGGUAUUCCCUAGACCGGGUGCGCAGCAAACAUAG